UUCAUGAGGAUGUCCGUUUUUGAAUUCAGUGACGGUUAAAGUGAGGUGGGAAUCCAGGAGAUUGGCUGUUAAUUUUAACGUUACCACACCGCCCAGACUUCUGGUCCGAAAGAAAUAUUCAAGUGAUUGGAAAGUAGCCCUUAUCAAUUUUCAUCUGAGUGUGACGGACAAACGGCCUGCACACACCCAAAGAUGCCGACUGUUCACAAAUAGCGAGCAAUGAAUGGAACUUUGAUCCCAAAUACUCCGUUUGCUGUUGAUUUCUGGCAGGUUCGGAAGUGCAGCCAUGUCCGUUUUUUCUUUCUGUCCCACUUGCACAGUGAUCAUACAUCAGGUCUCUCCUCCACCUGGAGCAGACCAAUAUAUUGCUCUCCCAUAACUGCCAAGUUGUUGCAUUGGAAGUUUCAGGUGGAUGAAAUCUGGAUCCACCCAUUGGAGUUAGGGGAGAGUCACCUCCUAUAUCUUGAUGAAUUUGGGAAAGAGACAAUGACUGUGACAUUGAUUGACAGCAAUCACUGCCCUGGCUCCGUCAUGUUUCUCUUUGAAGGUUAUUUUGGCAUAGUUCUGUAUACAGCGGAUUUCCGUUACACACCUGUGAUGUUCACCCAUCCACCACUGAACACAGAAAGAAGGAUAGAUCUCCUGUAUCUAGACAAUACAAACUGUGACCCCGAAUCCAUGGUGCCUUCCCGUCAAGAAGCUACUGAUGAGAUCAAAGCAAUAAUCAACGCUCACCCGGAGCACAAUGUAGUCAUUGGUCUGUAUAACUUGGGCAAAGAAUCAUUAUUAAUAGAAUUGGCUAUGAUAUUUAAAACUUGGAUUGUGGUGAGUCCUCGGAGACUUCAGAUGUUUCAGCUUUUGGGACUGUGCAAUGUCUUCACUUCAGAGGUGGGAGCCGGAAGAAUCCAAGUCGUAGACCAGAAUGAAAUUAAUCGAUUCAACAUGGUCAAAUGGAGUCAAAUGUGCCCUACAAUUGCUAUUAUCCCCACAAGCCGAAAAAUAAGAGUCUGCCACAAAGAUGUACAUGUGGUUCCCUAUUCAGAUCACUCCUCGUUUCAGGAAUUGCAAGAGUUUGUGGCCAGAUUGAAACCUUGUACUAUUAUCCCUGUGGUGAAAACGAAGGCAUGUGAGGCAUACUUCUGUCAAUACCUCAGUCCAAUUGAUGAUUUAAAGCAAAUCCAAGUUCCAGAAACACUAAAAGAAUGUAUGCAGAAGAAGGCAAAAUGCAAGAAAAUGCUCAUUCACCCGAAUACAAGACUAAGAUCUCUGGUUAUUCCGAAGGGUGUCAUGUUUGAGUCACUAGAAAAACUGCAGCAAGACUACACCAGUAAAAACAAAUUGUGUAUAGAAAGAUCAAGUUCUGACAGCAAUAAGGAGACGUUCCAAAAUAAUGACAAAAUACUGGUACCACCAAAGCAAGUCUGGCAAGACUUGACUGAAGACAGCAAUCUGAGUGCAGGGAAGAGUAUUGAUAUUAAGGAUAAAUUGUAUGAAGAAAAUAUCAACAGAAUUCAAGUGCCAAUGAAACGAAAAAUAAGAGUUCCCUUAUUCAAAGAGCAGAAAUCCAAAGUUCCUUUAUUUGGGAUACCUGUAAGGGCAAGACAGGCUUCUUUGCUGAACUGGUACCAAGAAGGGAAAUCUGCACAUCAUCAUUUAGCAAAGCAACCAACGAGAAACAGCAAUCCAAAACAUCACCUGUCUCAUAGGCUAUCACCACUUAAUGCAAGCACAUCAUUGACAGCAAACGGGCCUUCUUUGCCAUCAGAUACUUGUGUGGGACAAGAGAAUGGAGAGCAACAUAAAUUUGAACAAAUUGUGUCUGUUUCCAUUUCACAUGCUGGCAAGACCUGCAAAAGAAAACAAAGUUUAACUGGUGAAAACUGUAUGACUUCAGUGCAGAGUUGGUGUUAUGCCAGUCUGAAAUCUUUUGAUGCUAUUGUUGAACAAUAUUUUAAGAGAAAGAGUAAAACACUUAUGAAAAAUACAGUGCAUUAGAAUGUCAUAGGCGAUUGGUAUGACAUGAAUGUAUGAUAUUUUUCCAGGAAUCCUGCAACUUGGUAAUUUGCAUAAGGGCAUUUAUUCUUGUUCCCAAAUGCCCAUUAUGCAGGUUCUCAUUUCGUGGGUUAUUUCCAAUAGUUUGUGGGCUCUGAUAGUGCAAAUAUACGAAACUGGUUAAAACUUUUGAAACACAUUAGCAAAUGCAGCAAAGCUCAGCACUUGCAAAUUGUUCUUCCACUCCACUUUGAUUCUUGGUCAUCAAAGUAGAAGAUAAUGUUU